ACUCAGGUGAAAACUGAACACAUUCGCAUCGGCUACAAAACACUAAAUGUGUAUUUAAUAUAUUUUGUUGUAAUUGAAAGGCAAAGAGUUCACAAGUUUUAAACAGCCAAGAUGACUUUGAAGCUGCCCAUUUGCACCAAGGAGGACCUCAAUGAGGCGCUCAAGCUGCAAAAGCGCGAGCAAUAUGAAGAGGAGCGCAAGAAGCGCAUCUUCAAUGCCAAGCAGCGGCUUUUUGGCCUUGAUAUGGAUGGCUUGGAGCGUCAAAUCUUAGAUAGAAAAAAGCAGCAGAGCGUGCAGUUGGAAUGCAAUAAACGCUAUGAGGAGCAAGAGCAGCUGCAGAAGCGUUUGAUACGCGCCAAGGAGCAGGAGCUGGAGAAAGAAAAGCGUAUUAUGGACUCGGAUCUGAAUUUUUAUCGCUGUCGCUAUCAGCGCUUGGAUCAGCGACGCGAAUUCGAUCUCAAUGAUCCCAAUUAUUUGAAGAAAGCAAAGCCAGCGCGCAUAGCGGACGAUGAUAUUGCAUUGGGUGUGUCCAGUGCACAGAUAUUUCAUGGCGAGGAUCUGCAUCAAAACGAGCGCAAGGUGCUCCAGCGUGAGCAGCAACGUGCCUGGCUGGAUCAGCAGGUGAUGGAACGCAAGCGUGCGGAGGAAGCACGCAAGCAAGCGGACAAUCUCUACAUGGAAAGCAUACAGUGUCGAGAUAAGCAUUUGGAGGAGAUGGCAAAGUCCGAUCACUGCAUGCGCAAUCAGCUGAUUAACAAGACACGUCAGUUCAACAUUAAUCUGGCCAAGCAAAAGGAAGCGGCACGCAAACGCGCCAAGCUGGAGACAUACGAGGAUGAUAUGGCCGAAAUCUACAAUAUGCUCUCCAGCGAUAUGCUCACUGAGAAUCCCGAUGUGGCUCAGUCGCGCAGCAAUCCGAACAAAAAGAUUGCAUUUAUGUAUCGCGGCAUGACAGCCGAGGAGCUACUUGACUUCCGUAAGGGCCAGGAGCAGCAUUUGGCUCAAACAGAGCAACGCAAGACCGAGGCACAACUCAUGGAGAAGCAAUGGGAGCAAUAUGCCAUGAAUAUGGAUCGUGAGCUGAUGCUCAAGCAAAUCGAAAUAGAUCGCAAGCGAAAGCAGCAAUUGGAUGAUUUAAUGCGCACCAAUGCCAAUCUGGCCAUUGAACAGGAGCUACAACGCAAGGCGGCACUAACGCAGCUCAGCAAUGCUGUCUCUGAUGAAUUCUAUGAUCAGUUCAACAAGACCUCACGUUAAGCAUUUAGUUGAACGUGUGUGGAGCUGCCUUGACAUGCAAAUAGGUAUACGAUUGACAGCGCAGCUCCACAGACGCGCAAUGCAUAAAUUUACGUCUGCUUCAAAGAAUAAAGCUCAAAUUAAAU